AUGAUCAAUAAUAACAAAUCAAAUGACUUGGAAGAUGAUCAACAGUUUUGGGAGAGUGAGGUGGAGCUGGCAAGGAAAAAGACUCUUGCUCCAGAUGGAAAGAAGUUCAGAUACUUUGAUGACAAGGGAAUCUUUAAUUUCGUGUUUAUGCUAUGGAUGUACAGGUGGGUUAAGGAAACGUCAAAGAGGUAUCUAGAUCCUUAUAUGCUUCACCCUCUCCCCUUGGCUGACCAGAUUCUUAUAUGGCAGCCCAUUCUUUCUAAGCACAUUAGUGAUGGUAUCGCAAGCCUGGAAGUAUAUGAAUCUUUAAGUGAAUAUGAGAAGAAGAAAGCCAAGAAACCUGUAAGAUACAUUUUGUUAAGGGCUCUAAUUUUGACCUUUUGGAAGAGGCUGCUUGUUAUUCUAGGGUGUGUAGUAGUGGUUAAUGCUAUUGGUAUGAGUGUUGCUAUUUUCCUGCACAAGUUGCUUAGAUUUUUAUCAGAGGAAGAUUUUAAAUUUGUGACGUUUCUAUCCCUUGCAUUUUCUACUGUUUCUAUUGAAUUAUCCAAGGAAAUCUGUAUGGACCACACCAAUUAUUAUCUGCACAGAUUGGAAACCAUUAUUGAUUCUUCAAUUCGCAUUACAGUAUUCCAACAUGGAUUCUGUUAUAGAAGGAGCCAGUUUGGAAACUUCCAAUCCAAGGAAGCUGCUUGUAAUAGAAUUAUACACAGUUGCUCCGGAGAUUCACCCUGUUCCAGCGACCUAUUACUAUGCCCAGCUAGACGUUAUAAGAAUAAUGAAGUUAAUCCAAAACUGUAUGCUCUUAUUCUUAACGAUCCUCACUAUCUUCCAUUUUUAAUCGAAUGCAUUGCUGGAUUCAUUGAUUUUUUUACAGCUUUUACGUAUGGUAUCAUAUUCGUUGGCAGCCAGUUUAACAUGCAAGCAAGGACUAUUUUGAUGGUAUCCUUCUCCUUAGUAGCAUCUAUGAUCAUGGUAGAAAUUAUAAAUGGUUUACUCAUGAAGUACUACUUUGGAAUUAGAGAUAAUAAGAUCGCUAAAUCUGAGGAGGUUAUGUCUGGGCUAUACUUGAUUGAAAGGAUGGGACUUGAUGAUAUUGGCCACAAUGCUAUUACAGAAGCCAGAAACGAUGAACUGGUAUUUAUGUUUGUUCGUUUGUUUCUUUCAUUUGUUAAUAAGGUAAUAUUUACAAGUAUAGUGUGUAUAUAUCUUAUUGCUCUGGUCAGGGACUUCGUCAGAGAACUUAGAGAAGCAGCUGACCUCAAGGCCGUUGAUCCUUCUGGACUACUCGCCUCGGUCUUCGUUAUUAUGAAAAGCAUUGGCCCACUAUACAUGAUUCCAAUAAGGCUAAGAAUGUUAAUGUUUAGUCUUAACGCAUCAAGAAGACUUGAAUUAUUCUUCAGAACUUGUUCACCAAACUUUUACAUUCCUGAUAACAAGUUUACUGGGAAGACUACUCUGCCAGAGACACUACCUGAUGAGGAUAAGACACUGCCCAAGGGUCUGGUUGUAAUGUUCAAGAAGGCCUCCUUUGCGUGGGUCAAUAGCAGGAAGGAUCUCCUAGACAACACGGGUACUACUUGUCUUAGGAACCUUGACUUUGUCCUCAACACUGGUGACCUUGCCAUUAUUACUGGUGCUCAAGGUUCUGGCAAGACCAACUUUGUCAAGGCUAUCCUUGGUGACAUGACUCUUGUUGAAGGAUCAAUGGCUGUAUUGCCUCUCUCUACUAACAUGCCAAUAUUUUAUGCCUCUCAGGAUGUCUGGCUACAAAAGGGUACCAUCAGGGCUAACAUUACCUUUGGUCACAGAUUUUAUGAGGAUAUCUACAAUACAGUCAUAAAAGCAGUUGAACUUGAACAUGAUAUAUCCACUUGGGAAAGAGGUGACAUGCGUAAGAUUUCUGAACAUGGUUAUUCCCUCAGUGGAGGUCAGAGAAUGAGAGUUGGACUUGCUCGUGCCAUCUACGCUUACCUCAUCUUUAGCAAGACUAAUAGGGAGAGUGAAUCUGGACAUUCCUUCCUUGUGGUAAUAGAUGACUGCUUCACUAGCUUGGAUCCAUUCGUGGCGAAGACAAUCUUCAAGAACUUGUUUGAAAAGGGAAGAGGUCUACUCUCUGGUGGUGAUGUUGCCACAGUUCUAACGAUAUCCAAGCGUAUUUUGGAUGCUUGUGUAUCAGCUGAGUCAUCGGAGUCAUUCCCGGAUGCUCCAAUAUAUUUUCUGGAGAACAAGGGUCUUGUGCAGAGCAACAAACUUAAAUCCCUAAUAGAGCACGAAGUUGGUCAUAUUGAGCCUCCAAAACCUUCUUUCGAUAGAGUGAAGCUUUCAUCUGUAUCACGUGAUAUUCUUAGCAGAUGCAGUUCUGAUGACUAUACUCGUGAUGGACGAAGAAGGUCAACAAAAUCUAGAUACUCCGACUCUCCCACUGUUCAAAUGUUAUAUGAUAGGAUCAAUUUUAAAUGUGGUAAGAAUAAGAACUUCAAGCCAUAUCUGGUGUAUAUCCGUGCAGCAGGUUGGCCUAUAUUCUUCUUUGUUUUAUUCACCAUUUUAUUCUCAACACUGGAUAAUACAAAGUUUAUUAUUGUUUCAAAAGUCUCUGAUUCCAUUAUUGAUUAUACAAAUAAGCACAAAGAAACAGUAAUUUCACCAGAGGAUAUCAAGGACUAUGCAUCCAGAGCUCUUAGAUGGAUCGUUGUUCUUUCAACAUCAAUUAUGAUUGGCGCAUUACUUCGUAUUAUAACAAUGACUAUUGCUUCAUUUAAUGUAUCAAGGAGAAUACAUGAGUAUUCUGUUAAUUCCAUAUUUACAAGUAGCUCAGCCAUAUUGAAGAUUAAAAAAUCCAUUGGCAGUAUUUUGACAUUCUUAUAUAUGGAUAUUGUUUUUAUUGAUAAUGGUUUGGGUUAUAUUCUUCAAUAUAUUCUCCUCUUGGCUAUUGAGUCCAUUGUUCAUCUUUUCACGCUUCUGUUCAUAAUACCAUGGGCUACUCCACUUAUUGUUUUACUUUGCCUUGUGGUUUUGAAGUAUGUUGUAUAUUACUACACUAAAUCAUGUAGAAAUGUAUAUUUUGCACGUUUGGAGUCGUUUUAUCUCAUUGAUUCGACCAUUGAAUCAGCCAUAUAUGGUUCACCAAUAUAUCGUAGUUUCAAGAAGGAGUGGGAAUUGAUGCAUACCAUGGUUGAACAGGCCGAUUAUAAUAUAAGAUCAAACUAUAUGGCAAAAUCAUCAGUUUUUUGGAGCUCCAUUUCUUUUAGGUGUCUACUCUCACCAUUGGCUUUCUUUAUCCUCGUAUUUCCUUUGGUUAAGUCCAGGAUAUCUGGUACAGGAGUACAAGUUGGUUACUAUGCCACGGCAUACUCAAUAUUUCUUGCUGUCAACUCUAAAUUUUCAAGUAUGUUAACUAUUUACCACAUGUUAGAGAUGUAUACUAUGCCAAUCAGGAGGUUUGAGAAUUUCGUCCCUCCAAGCACCAAGAUCAAGUUUGACAAAAAGAGGAACAUUCACCAGACGGAUUUUAUUGUAGAUCGUUCUGCAUCAAGUAGAGAUGAUAAGAUAGCAGAUGAGGAUAUCAAGGACUCCCUUCGUAGAAGACGUCAUAACGAGUAUGCUGAGAGAAGAGCUGCUAGAUGUACUAGUCUCAAGAUGCUCUUCUUUAAGCACCAGGUUAAUAUAUUUGACAUCUCCAAGUAUGCAGUUCCAGGUCAAGUCAGAAUACAGCUAAGAGAUGUCAGUGUACAUGUGACGUCUGGCAAGUCUAAGGAGAAGCAUGUCAUUCUCAAGAAUGUUACAUGUUCGGCUAAUAUUUCUGAUAUUGUCGGAGUUAUUGGAAGAACUGGUGCAGGAAAGUCUACCCUAUUGUCAGUGCUCCAGAAUCUGGCGGAGAAUAGAGAUGGUUCUGUCCUCUUGGACGGCUGUGAUUUGAAUGAUAUGCCAAAGAAUGUGACUAGGCAGAUUAUUGGAGUACUACCUCAACUGCCCUUCGUAUUCAGGGGGUGGACUGUUCGCAGAUUCAUUGAUCCAAGAAUGUUAUUUGAAGAUGUUGAUAUUGAAGCAGCCUUGGAAAUUUGUGGUUUACUCAAGUUUGUAAUGAAUCUCCCAGGUGGCAAGGGCCUUGACGCCAUCAUCAUACCUGACCAUUAUCACAAGGAUAUGCCAAGGUAUUACAAGAGAGUGUACUAUGGACCUACUUUAAAGCCACAUGAUGCCUCUUCUGCAGAUAAUGUGAACAUUGACUAUGGAUCAGCACUGUCAAACUCACAAUUACGUACACUAUCAGUAGCAAGACUAGUGCUCUACAGAGAAUUCUUCAAGGUUAUCCUGGUUGAUGAGCCUCCAGAGGAUGAACUUGGAGUAACAAAGGAGGGUGUCCCGAUUUAUGAAAUUCUAAGGGCGCACUUCCAACACUGUACAACAUUUAUCGCAGCUCACGAUGCAAGUAUCUUGCGUUUCUGCACUUCAGUCUGGGCCUUUAAUGACGGCUCCCUUAUUAGGACCUACAAGACUGAAGAAGUUGUCGACAGCUACUCUCUAUCAAAGACCAUAGAGGAUUUCAUUACCACACAUGUUUAA